UUGGAUCCACUGAGUCACAGGAAUGACCACUGCAACACUCUGUACUCCCAGAUCCCGGACCUCCUCCCCAACAGUGAUGUCCUCAUCUAAGCUACAGCUGCCUCUCUUCAGUUGACAAAAAAGGAAGAAUUGCUCCAGGAUUUAUUGGCCACCUGAGUGGACUCUGGAUGAGGAACACACAGAGGCCUCAUCUUACCAUCCCUCCAAGUAUCCCCUGAAUUCCUCUCAGGAUUGUCAACUGGCAGGGCACUGAGCAGAGCAGCAGGUCACAAAGUCACCAUGCCAACCUUCCUGUCCAUCAUAAGGGACAUCACAGGGAAUUCUGCCUCCUUGGGGUGGGGGACAGGCUGCACAGGUAGUGGACCAUCCCUCAGGCCAGCCAUCUUUGCCUCUUCUGCCUUGAGGGCAGAUACCGGGGGAGGCUCACAGCGCGCCUUGUUGAAAGGGCUGGAGGGGCUGAGAGCCCUGGGAACGGGCAGAGGCAGCAGAGGCCGUGGCCUGAGGUGACCUGAGUGGCUGGUGGCCGAAAAAAUGGGGAGGGGUGGACUUGUCAUGCCGGGACCCACACUCUUCCUGCUGUUGGUGCUGCCACCUCCCCUACUGAGCGCAGGGAGCUUCCAGCACAGUGGUCCAGACUGGAAAGACCUCCACCGCCUCACUCGGGACUGGGGAAAUCUCUACCGCCACCUCAUCCAGAAUGAGGGAACUUUCCAGCAUCUCCGUGGCCCAGCCAUCUGGCUCCAGGAGAACAAGGAAAAAGACAAGGAUUCCUGCCAGAGCACAUAUGACCUCUACUUCAUCUUGGACAUGUCAGGCAGUAUAAACAACAACUGGAUGGACAUUUACGCCCUUGUGGAGGAUUUGGUCAAGAAAUUUGACAACCCUAAGAUACGGAUGUCUUUCAUCACCUACUCCACACAGGGUCACAUACUCAUGAAGCUCACCUCAGACAAAAAAGAAAUACAGGAUGGUCUUAACAGACUUCAGAAUGUGGUACCUACAGGAAACACAUACAUGCAGGAAGGCUUUAAAAAGGCCAAUGAGCAGAUUGAACAAGCUAACUCAGGAGAAAACAAAGUCCCCUCUAUGAUUAUCGCUCUGACUGAUGGAACUCUGGAGUCAAUCUCAUUGCAAGAGACUAAGCAACAAGCUGACAGGGCUCGGAAGCUGGGGGCAAAUGUAUACUGCAUUGGUGUAAAAGACUAUGAGACAGAACAGUUAUCGGAAAUUGCAGACAGCUCAGAUCAUGUGUUUGGUGUGGACCAAGGAUUCAAGGCUCUUAAAAACAUCAUUGAUCCACUCAUGACAAAGACCUGUAUUGAAAUUACAGAUGUGGAGCCUUCUGAUCUCUGUACUGGAGAUGAAUAUGAAUUGAUGAUUUCUGGAAGAGGCUUCAAUAAUGCAAAGAGCAAGGAUGAAGUUAUUUGUAGAUUUAUAUUCAGUGACAAAAAAUCGAUUGAUAAAAAAGCUGCUUCUGUUGAUGAUACAACCAUAACAUGCCCAGGAGUAAGGAUAGAGAAGCCAGAUGAGGAAGUCUUUAUUGAAGUCAGCCUGAACAAUGGCAUCAACUUCAUCUGUAACAAUGUUAGCAUUAUCAGCAAGAACUGUAUGAGUUCUAAGGUGAGCGAGCCAGAUACUGAGGUGAUAACUACCCUCCAGACUACCCAACAGCCUACCACACAGGCUUCCUCAUCGCCUCUCCCACCGACAUCCCCACAGUUCAUCCCCUAUGUCAAUUCUUCCUACUUCUUUAUGAUCAUCCCAGGCCUGCUCCUAUUCCUGUUGAUGCUCUGGUGCAUCUGGUGGAUGUGCUGCAAGAAGACUGUCAAGGAGCUGCCACCAGUGCAGAAAUCAGAAAGGGAGCCAGAGGAGGUAUGUCACAUGCAGACAUGCCCCACAGUGAUUGUCCCUUGUGGGUGCCAAGGAGGCGGGAUAAAACGGAUGGAGGGAAAACUGGAUAGCUUGUGUGACUUUGUUCAGCGCUGCAACCAGAUGCCACUGAUGUGGUAUACCCCUAGGGACAUGGGGCGGUGUGUCAACUUCUCCCUGAUGAAGCCCUACUGUGGGCAGUUGCCCUGCAGCCCUAAGAUCUGCCUCCAUCCCAGCCGGGAGUGCUUCCGCAUCAACAGCUACUGCUCGCGGUGCCAACACCCCCCGACCACGUGCUCCAGGCUCCCCUCCAGGGUGCUGCCGCACAUCUCUCCCAACUCGCGGUCACUCUGUGGAGCCACUUUGUCGCUCCAACCCCCGUAGCCCAACCUGUAGAGCACCCAAAGCCCAAUACUGUUAAGAGCCCUUUGUUUGCUGAAUUAGACAUGUAUGUUGAA